GAGUACACUGAGCGGGUGGGCGGGACCGAACCGGGGCCAAACUCAAACAUGGCGGCUUCCUUGGAGGAUGAUUUAGAGUUAAACAACCAGGACUUCUAUUCUCUGCUCAACGUCAGGAAAGAGGCCACCUUAGAGGAGCUGAAGGCGUCGUACCGGAGGCUAUGUAUGCUCUACCACCCCGACAAACACCGGGACCCUGAGCUGAAAAGGCAAGCCGAACAACUUUUCAACCAGGUUCACCAGGCUUACGAAGUGCUGAGUGAUGCUCACUCCAGAGCCAUCUAUGAUAUUUUCGGGAAGAAAGGGCUGGAAGUGGAAGGCUGGGAGGUGGUGGAGAGGAAGAGGACACCGGCAGAAAUCCGAGAGGAGUAUGAAAGACUACAGAGAGAAAGAGAGGAGAGGAGGCUGCAACAAAGAACGAACCCCAAGGGCACCAUCAGCGUUGGCAUAGAUGCAACGGACCUGUUUGAUCGCUAUGAUGAGGACUUUGAAGACAUGCCAGGAGGAGGCUUUCCUCAUAUUGAAAUCAACAAGAUGCAUAUUUCACAGUCCAUUGAGGCACCUUUGACAAACUCUGACACAGCAGUGCUGUCAGGUUCGCUCUCUACCCACAAUGGAAAUGGAGGCGGCAACAUUAACAUGACCGUACGCAGAGUUAUGUCGGCCAAGGGCUGGGGAGAGGUGGAGCUGGGUGCUGGAGACAUCCUGGGACCUCUUAUUGGGCUGAAGGUGUUUCGCAAUCUCACUCCGCGGUGCUUCUUAACAGCCCAGAGUGGAUUACAGUUCUCUCCUCGAGGUCUGCGGCCGAGCUGUUCUCUGAUGACAGCUCGCCACCUGGAUCAGAACACCAUGGGUUAUCUUCAGUGGCGCUGGGGGCCCAACAGCGCCAUGACCACCAGCCUGGUCCGAGACACAAAGAGCAGCCACUUUACUCUCGCUCUGCAGCUGGGUGUGCUUCACUCCUACCUGAUGAUGAGCUACCAGUACAAGUUCCAGGAUGAGGACCAGACUAAAGUUAAAGGCUCUUUCAAGACGGGCUGGUUUGGCACGGUGGUCGAAUACGGAGCGGAGAGGAAGAUCAGCAGACACAGUGUCCUCUCAGCCACCGUCAGCAUCGGCGUCCCGCAGGGAGUCACGCUCAAGAUCAAGCUGGCGCGCGCAAGUCAGACGUACCUGUUUCCAGUCCACCUGACCGACCAGCUGCUGCCCAGCGCUGUCUUCUAUGCCACCGUGGGGCCCCUGCUGGUGUACAUGGCCGUCCACCGGAUGGUCAUCAUCCCGUAUACACGAGCACAGAAAGAGCAGGAGCUGGAGCUGCAGAGGAAGAGCUCCGCCACAGACAUCGCCAAGAAGAAGCAGGAGGCAGAGUCUGCUGUUCUGCUGAUGCAGGAGUCUGUGAGGAGAAUCAUAGAAGCAGAAGAAUCCAAGAUGGGUCUCAUCAUCCUGAACGCCUGGUACGGAAAGUUCGUGUCAGACACCAGCCAGAAGCAAGAGAAAGCCAAGGUCAUCGACGUGACCGUGCCUCUGCAGUGCCUGGUCAAAGACUCCAAACUCAUCCUCACCGAGGCCUCCAAGGCGGGGUUGCCCGGCUUCUACGACCCCUGCGUGGGAGAGGAGAAGAGUCUAAAAUUACUGUACCAGUUCAGAGGUGUCAUGCACCAAGUCAUCUCCGCAGACACCGAGGCGCUACGGAUACCUAAACAAUCUCACAGGAUUGAGUCCGAGUCUUAAGAGCGACACCGAUCCUGCAGCGCCAGAAGGCAAGUGUGGAUAAAACAGACUGUAAAACGGAAGAGGAACCCGAGAACGAAGGGGACGCGUCAAAAAACAUGAGUUUGUUUCUCUCAUCUGGCCUUCUUCUGGCAUGGUGUUAGUGAAUCUUUUUAUCCAUGUCCUCCACUCCCCCCCCCCUCCCCUGUUUUCCCCCCUGUCCGGGUGAAUGCAGGAGUCUGCUCUGAGUCUCUAUGAGCCGUGACCCUUCGUGUCCCUUGCCGGCUUACACCCGACAGAGCUGCUCCGAUAUCCGUCAGUCGUAGGAGAUCAGACUUCGACCCAGAAUAGAGUUGUAUAUCUGCACUACACGGAGGGACCGAUUGUCACUGCGGACGUGGUGGUGAUUUCCUCCUUUAAAGAGUUACAUGUGCACAGACGCAUUAAUGCCGUCAGAAGCGAGCUGUAAAUUUGCCCACAUCACUGUAUCCUGUGCCCUGUAUGUAUAGCGUCCUGGUAGUUUUGAAUCUAAUAAUAGUGUAGCGUAGUCUCUGCAAUAAAUCCUACAAAUGUUGUUAUGGUAACACUAUGCAGGAUCACGUCUCGGUAACCCCCGAAGGCUGAGGGCUGAGGAGUGACUGAAUCUCAUCCCGAGUUAUUAGACGUUCUAGUGACGUGUCUGCUGCUCGUCGUGGUGCCCGUCAGCAGGUGUGAACUGAACUGGUGCUGCAAACUUAACAUCUGUGAAGACUCUGAUAUGGAGGGAGGGGGGGGAGGGGGGGGGGGG